UUUACAAGAGGUGGAGGAAAAGAAGCGGAUAGUGGAGCAAAGGGCUCAGCAGAGAUUGAUGAAGACACAGAAACAGAGAUCUCUGCUCAAUGCCGUUGUUACUGUAAGAUUGAGGCUGGCGUUCUGCAGGAGUUGGAGGAGAAGAGGAGGGAAGAACAGAAAAGAGCAGGGGAGAGACUGGCGAGGAGGCAGAAACAAAGACAGUCUGCCAGAUCUCUAUUCGGGGAGCUCUACUGUCCCUCAGAGCUGAGAAUAAUGCUGCUGAGUGGCCGCAACACAGGCAGGAGCUCUGCUGGAAACACCAUCCUGGGCAAAGAGCACUUUAAAGUAGGGUGCCAUGCCACUGACUGUGUGGAAGGACAAGGAAAGGUCAGGGGUAAGACUGUGACAGUUCUGGACCCACCAGGCUGGUUGUCAGUGGUUCCUGGCUCCCUGAUGUCUCUCUCAGCCUCUGUGGUAACUGUGGUCCUGGUGGUUAUGAAUGUGAGCUCCUCCUUCAGCCACACUGUCUGUAGAACAGCAGAAAAACACCUGGAGGCGCUCGGAGAGAAAGUAUGGAAUAGAACCAUGGUCCUAUUCACCUUUGGGGACUGGCUGGGGGACACGACCAUCGAGCAGCGCAUUGAGAGUGAGGAAGAGCCCCUCCAGAGGCUUGUUGAGAAGUGUGGCAACAGAUAUCACGUGUUGGACAGUAAGAGCCAGGGGACUGGUGCACAGGUCACUGAGCUGCUACAGAAGAUAGAGGAGAUGCUGGUGGAGGAGAGGCUGGAGGUUCUACAGAGAGGAGAACAGGUUGGGAAGAGUCUUAUAUUGAUGCAGGAGCCAGAGAUGGAUGGAGUGAUGGGAGAGGGCAUAGAGGUCCUUGUAGCAAACCACACAGACACUCCCUUUCAUGAUGGUAAGCAAGACUGAUGCACAUUAGAUAGAACUUACAGUGCAUCAUUUCAUGAUGUAUUUACUAUUUCUUCUGACAGAGCUCUCUUGUGUUGCAACGUGUGAGGUGGCUAGUUCAGAGGACCUUCUAACCUCAGAUGACUCAGGAGCCCCAGACUUUGGUGGACAGGAGUUGGCACUACCAGAGGCCAGCGGAGGAUGGUGGACUGAAGCAAAUCACUCCAUCCUGGAUGUGGUGGGGUUUCUGUCCAGCAUGGCCAGCGUGCUUCAGGGGAAUCAGGAGGGGCUGAUGUGGAACAUGGGGGGCAGAUAGACGCUAGUGGUGAACCUCCCAGACUGUCUCCACACUGGAUCUACUCAGAGCCAUCAUCUGAGAUGGAAUGGACAGAAUGGUAGAAAACCAGUCACCCUGUUCUCUCCAGGACACCAAGCUCUCCUCCUGGUCCAGCAACCCAAAGAACCAGAAAGAAUGCUGGUGAAGAAACAGGAAGAUAUUGUGGAUAUACAGUCCCUUGGACACCCCAGGCUGAGGGACAGGACCCUCAAGGAGAUUGCCAGAACAGGAGGCCUGCAGGCCUUGAUUGACUAAUGGGGGAACAGUAAUUUGGAGGAGCUUGAAUCCUUCAUUGACUCCUAUUCUGAAAUGGUGUGGAAGAAAACCAUGGGGUCUUUCAUAGUAGAGGAGGAGGACUGUCUCACCAGCAACAGCCCAGAGAUGAAUGAUGUUGGGGAGGAUCUUGUAAAUAAUGGUGGCCAGGAGGUGCGUCAUCCAUUGACAAGAAGCUGUCUAAGCUGGAUAUCCUGGAAGGCAUGCAGAGAGACUUGCUGGACCUCAGACAGAGUCUGGAUCGCAGCUGUGCCAUCAUACAGGAACUCAGUGACAGAAGUAAAGCAACACAGAAGCCUGCUGUUCCCUCUGAUGCAGGGGAGGCAGAAGUGGAGGAAAGUUGCUAGAGGAGAGAUGUUCAACAAUAACAUAAAUGAUAAGUUAUAGAUUGGUUUGUUUUAUCUAAAUAUGCCCUAACAUCAUUGUUCAGGUAACAACUAAUUAACAGUAUUGAUUUACUGAUGGAGUUAAUGCUAAUGGUGAGGCAGUAUAUUAACUUCAUAAUGUCAUGUGUUUCCACAAGAGGGAGCCCUCUGAUAAGAAAUUGUGGGGGGUUGGUCUCCUGCAUACUCCUGUUACUGUAUCCAUUCACUACAUUAAAUAUUUCACUACAUUAUUAUGCAAGAUACCAGACAUUUUAAUUCAGUUAUUGUUGAUCAUUUCCUAGAUGAUUAUUUGAUUUAUCUUAUGAGCCUUGUAUAAAGACAGACAUAUCAGGGUCCAGAUGACAGCACGUGUCAUGCCAU